GAACCGAGAAACAGAGCAGCCGUGGCCGAGCUGCGGAGGAUAAUACGGGACUGGGACCUAACACAACGCUUUCAUGCUGACUUUAUGAAAAAAUCCCCACCGGUUUUGGAACCUUUGUUUUUACGUGAACUUAAUAAAGGAUGUAUUUCUGCUGAAACCCCAACUUGAAGCGUUGGAAACUUUUCCACCGAAAUGGAAGGGAAUAUUCCAUGGAUUAUUUUUUCGGUUUUAUUGUUAAUCCAUAUUUGUGAAGGGUUCCGUUGCAUGGAUAAAUACAGACCCUGUGAAAAUGGAGGGACAUGCUUAGAAUCACCUUCACGAUGCAUAUGUCGCCCUGGUUACAUUGGCCCACUCUGUCAGCACUUGGAUCCUUGUCAUCGAUCUCAGUGUCUAAAUGGAGCAGCUUGCAAGAGCCAGGUGGUCAAUGGUAUUCCACAGUACACCUGUGUGUGCCAGAGAGGGUUCAGAGGGCAAGACUGCUCCCUCAUAGACGCCUGUGCCAUGAGUCCCUGUGCCAAUGGAGCCCGCUGUGCCAAUUGGAAUAACCACUACAACUGCUCCUGCCCACCUGGCUUUCAAGGAAAGAACUGCCGCAAUGACAUUGAUGAGUGCAGAAAGCCUGGUGUGUGCCUCAAUGGUGGCCUAUGUAUGAACACCCUUGGAUCCUUUCGCUGCCAGUGUCCUCCUGGGUACAGCGGACGCACAUGUGAAGUGUCAACCCUGCCCUGUGCCCCAUCUCAGUGCCUUAAUGGUGGCACUUGUCGACAGACCAGUGACCACUCCUAUGAGUGCGCUUGCCUACCAGGGUUUGAGGGACACAACUGUGAGAAUAAUGUGGAUGACUGUCCAGGCCACAAGUGUAUGAAUGGAGGUAUUUGUGUGGAUGGAGUCAACACCUACAAUUGCCAAUGCCCGCCGGAAUGGACAGGGCAGUACUGUGCUGAGGAUGUCAACGAGUGUCUCAUGCAACCAAAUGCCUGCCAUAAUGGGGGAACCUGCUUCAACACCAUCGGUGGACAUACCUGUGUCUGUGUUAAUGGCUGGACUGGAGAUGACUGCAGUGAAAACAUCGAUGACUGUGCCAUUGCAGUUUGCUUUAAUGGUGCUACCUGUCAUGACCGUGUAGCAUCUUUUUUCUGCCAAUGUCCAGUUGGGAAAACAGGUUUGCUCUGCCACCUUGAUGAUGCUUGUGUCAGUAACCCCUGUAAUGAAGGUGCGGUGUGCGACACCAACCCCCUUAAUGGCCGUGCCAUUUGCACUUGUCCAGCUGGAUUUGUAGGUGGUGCUUGCAACCAAGACAUGGAUGAAUGCUCUAUUGGUGCAAACCCAUGUGAACAUUUUGGAAAAUGUGUGAACACAGAGGGUUCGUUCCAGUGUCAGUGCGGUCGUGGAUAUGCAGGGCCACGAUGUGAGAUUGACAUCAAUGAAUGCCUUUCCAUGCCCUGCCAAAAUGAUGCCACUUGCCUGGACCGCAUUGGAGAGUUCACCUGCAUCUGCAUGCCAGGUUAUAUGGGAACCUACUGUGAGAUUGAUGUAGACGACUGUGAAAGCAACCCAUGCGUAAACGAUGGCAUAUGCCGGGACAUGGUCAAUGGCUUCACAUGCACCUGCCAGCCAGGGUUUACUGGCACCAUGUGUCAGAUCGACAUAGAUGAGUGCGCUAGCACACCCUGCCAGAAUGGAGCAAAAUGCUAUGACCGGCCCAAUGGGUUUGAGUGCCGCUGUGCUGAAGGUUAUGAAGGCACGCUCUGUGAGAGUAAUAUCAACAACUGUCAGCCUGACCCAUGCCACCAUGGUACUUGCAUAGAUGGCAUUGCCAGCUAUACCUGUAACUGUGACGCCGGCUACACAGGCUAUCGCUGUGAGAACCAGCUCAAUGAGUGCCAUAGCAACCCUUGCCAAAAUGGAGGCAAGUGUGUGGAUCUGGUCAACAAGUACAUCUGCCAGUGCCAACAUGGUACCUCAGGUACAAACUGUGAGAUAAACUUUGAUGAUUGUGCCAGCAACCCAUGCGACUAUGGAAUCUGCAAAGAUGGCAUCAACCGUUACGACUGUGUUUGCAAACCUGGCUUUACAGGUCCUAAGUGUAAUGUGGAGAUAGAUGAGUGCGCUUCUAGCCCCUGUAGGAAUGGAGGGACAUGUGUGGAUGAAGAAAAUGGAUUUCACUGCCAGUGUCCUGAGGGUUUUAAGCCCCCUUACUGUUACUCCCAGGUGGAUGAGUGUGGCAGCAGUCCUUGUGUUCAUGGUGCAUGCAGGGAUGACAUCAAUGGUUAUCGCUGUGAUUGUGAACCUGGAUGGGUGGGAAAGAAUUGUGAUCUGGACAGGAAUGACUGUUUACCAAGUCCGUGCCAGAAUGCUGGCACAUGCAUUGACCAGCUCAAUGGUUUCACCUGCAAAUGUCGACAGGGCUUCAGAGGUAACCUUUGCCAAGUGAACAUCAAUGAGUGUUCAUCCAGUCCCUGUUUGAACAAAGGAACUUGUGUGGAUGGUGUAGCAAGUUUCACCUGUCUGUGUGAGCUUCCAUACAGCGGACCCACUUGUGCUGAAGUCCUCACACCUUGCUCCCCUAAUCCUUGUGCCAAUCAUGCCAUCUGUACCCAUACCCCAGAUUAUUUGGGCUAUGAAUGUAACUGCCAGCCGGGGUGGCAAGGUCAAUUGUGUAACAUUGAUGUGAAUGAAUGCAUCUCCAAUCCCUGUAAGAAUCGUGGGACUUGCACCAACACCCUUGGAGGCUUCGUGUGCUCCUGCAGAGCGGGAUAUGCAGGGCCAACCUGUGAAACAGAUAUCAAUGACUGUUCUCCAAAUCCUUGUCUAAAUGGAGGUUCCUGCACAGAUGGUGUGAAUUCCUUCCACUGUAACUGCCUACCAGGAUUCACAGGGCCACGCUGUGCUUUAGAAAUUAAUGAAUGCCAAAGUUCCCCAUGCAAAAAUGGAGGAACAUGUACAGACUAUGUCAACUCUUACACCUGUACCUGUAGGCCUGGCUUUACUGGCAUCCACUGUGAAACCAACAUACCUGACUGCACUGAAAGUUCCUGUUUCAAUGGAGGGACAUGCACAGACAAAAUCAAUGGCUAUUCCUGUACCUGCCGCUCAGGCUUCACUGGCUCUCACUGCCAGUAUGAGGUCAAUGAGUGUGACUCCCAGCCCUGUCUCAAUGGGGGCAUCUGUCAGGAUGGGCUGGAGUCCUUCCGUUGCUCUUGCCCCAAGGGCUUCACUGGAAACCGCUGUCAGACACCAGUUGACUGGUGCAGACGCUCCUCUCCCUGUCAAAAUGGGGGGCGCUGCCGCCAAAAGGAUGCUUCAUAUAUCUGUGAAUGUACUGGUGGCUGGUCUGGACGUUAUUGUGACAUCCCCAGAGUCUCCUGUGAGACAGCUGCUCGCCAGAGAGGGCUCCAAACAGAUGAGUUAUGCCACCAUGGCGGUCACUGUGUCAACACAGGGAAUGCCCACUACUGUAAAUGUCCUGCUGAUUACACUGGCAGUUAUUGCGAAAGCCAAGUAGAUCACUGUGAGGACAAACCCUGUCGCAAUGGCGCCACCUGUAGGGGAUAUGUGGGAGGAUACCAAUGUGAUUGUAUGCCAGGCUUUACAGGACAGAACUGCGAAAUAGAGAUCAAUGAGUGCCAGUCUCAUCCUUGCCAGAAUGGAGGUACCUGUAUCGACUUGGUUGGGCAUUACAUCUGUUCGUGCCCCCCUGGAACAUUAGGUGUUCUCUGUGAGAUCAAUGAAGAUGACUGUGCUCCAUCUCUGAGGCUGCGAAAUGCUCCUCCUAAGUGCCUGAACAAUGGCACGUGUGUGGACAGAGUUGGCGGGUAUCGUUGCAAUUGUCCUCCAGGAUUCACAGGAGAAAGGUGUGAGGGAGACAUAAAUGAGUGUCUCUCCAAUCCUUGCAGUCCCUCAAACAGUUUUGACUGCAUUCAGUUGCCCAAUGACUACCAAUGUGUCUGCAAGCCUGGCUUUACAGGUCGAAGGUGCCAAAGCAGAUUCAGUGUGUGUGAAUCUCAGCCUUGUCAGAAUGGAGGAGCCUGCUCUGUAUCUAGCAGCUCUGCAAUGGGAUACACUUGCACUUGUCAACUUGGUUAUACUGGCCUUAAUUGUGAGAGAAGCAUGUCCUGUCGAGAGCUGUCCUGCUACAAUGGAGGAAGCUGUGCACUUACUACACGAGGAGCCCGUUGCACCUGCCUGCCAGGUUAUGGUGGGCCCCAGUGUCAGCACCGAACUAAUGAUGGGUGCUCCUCUCAGCCCUGCCGGAAUGGAGGGCUUUGCACAGAAGAGACAAGCUUUCCCUUCUUCCACUGUCAGUGUAGUAGUGGAUUUAAAGGCAAACGUUGUGAACAGAUCAGUACACCUGCUGAACCACUCCCACCUUCAUGCCCUCUGGCUGACUGUCAUGGUAAAGCCAAUGAUGGUGUUUGCGACAAGGAAUGCAACUCAUUUGCCUGUCAGUGGGAUGGUGGUGACUGCUCUCUAGCAGUGAACCCAUGGGCAAGGUGUAAAGAUCCCCGUUGCUGGCGUCUCUUUAACAACAGCCAGUGUGAUGAGUUUUGUAACAACGCUGACUGUCUCUAUGACAACUUCGACUGCAAAAAAGAGAAAGUUUGCAAUCCAUUGUAUGAGUCCUACUGUAUCGCUCAUUAUGCCGAUGAUAAGUGUGACCAGGGCUGCAAUGUGGAAGAGUGUGGCUGGGAUGGCUUGGAUUGUGCAAAGAAGGUUCCAGAGGAACUUGCUGAUGGUGUCUUGGUUUUGGUAGUCCUCCUACCACCAGAGCAACUUCUCCGCACCCGCAAAGCUUUUCUUCAGAAGUUGAGCGCUAUUCUACACACUACACUGCGCUUCCGGCUGGAUAAUAAUGGAGAAGCUAUGAUCCGGCCUUACAUGCGCCGGAGCACACGACUGAAGCGCGAGCUGCAACCUCAACAGGAGGUCAUUGGCUCUAUUGUCUACCUGGAAAUAGACAACCGUCUGUGUGCUCAGGACUCAGAAGACUGUUUCCCCUCAGCAAACAACGCUGCAGAAUACCUUGGAGCCCUGUCUGCUGUGGAAAUGCUUCGCUUUCCUUACCCCCUCAAAGAAGUCCGGGGUGAAUCAAUUAUAGAUGAAACUGUCAUACCACAGUGGGCCAAGCUCAUGUUAGUUGGAAUAGCUUCUCUUUUCCUUUUGGUCAUCCUUGUGAUUGGCAUGUUGAUUGCCCGCCGGAAGCGAGAACAUAGCACCCUCUGGUUCCCUGAGGGAUUCUUCCUCAAAAAGGAACCCAGCAGCAACAAGAACCGCAGGGAGCCUGUGGGUCAGGAUGCUUUGGGAAUGAAACACAUGCCAAAAAAUGUGGAGGAGUCACUUCUUGGAGAUCACAGUGACCAGUGGAUGGACUCUGACUGCCCAGAGGCAAAAAGGCUCAAGGUUGAAGAACCAAGUAUGCUGUCAGACAGUGAAGAUGCUGUGGACAGCAGGCAAUGGACACAACAUCACCUUGCAGCCGCUGAUAUCCGUGUACCUCCUACCAUGGCACUCACACCACCUCAAGGAGAAUUUGAAAGUGACUGCAUGGACGUUAAUGUUCGUGGUCCAGAUGGUUUUACACCUCUGAUGCUGGCAUCGUUUUGUGGAGGUGGCUUAGAGUCUGAGGUAGCGGAAGAGGAUGAGACAGAGGAGUGUUCGGCCAACAUCAUCUCUGACCUCAUCUAUCAGGGCGCAUCUCUUGCUGCCCAAACAGAUCGUACUGGUGAAACAGCACUCCACCUGGCUGCACGCUAUGCUCGUGCUGACGCUGCUAAGAGGCUUCUGGAUGCAGGGGCAGAUGCCAAUGCUCAGGACAACACAGGACGUACUCCACUACAUGCUGCAGUUGCAGCAGAUGCACAGGGUGUUUUCCAGAUUUUAAUUCGAAACCGGGCUACGGAUCUUGAUUCCCGUAUGUAUGAUGGCUCUUCUGCGCUGAUCUUGGCUGCUAGAUUGGCAGUGGAGGGUAUGGUAGAGGAGCUGAUCACUUGUCAUGCUGAUGUCAAUGCAGUUGAUGAAUUGGGUAAAUCAGCCUUGCACUGGGCUGCUGCAGUGAAUAAUGUAGAUGCCACCGUCGCCCUGCUGAAGAAUGGUGCAAACAAAGAUAUGCAAGAUCUGAAGGAGGAGACCCCUCUUUUCCUUGCCGCUCGUGAGGGCAGCUGUGAGGCUGUGAAGGUGCUGCUGGCUCACUUUGCAAACAGAGAGAUCACAGACCAUAUGGAUAGGUUGCCGAGGGACAUCGCACAGGAGCGUAUGCACCAUGAUAUUGUGCAGCUUCUUGAUGAGUACAAUACAGUAAGAAGUCCUCAAGGCCAUGGAGGGGCUGGACACCACCUCCCUGGGGGACAUACGCUGUCUCCUCUCAUGUGCCCUCCCAGUGCUUUCCUGCCUAGUCUGAAGAACACCCCACAAGGCAAGAAGAAUCGUCGACCUGGGGCAAAGGGUGUCCUGGGAGGCCAACAUACUACCAGUCUCAAGGAGUCAGUGAAAGCACGCAACAAGAAGCUGACCUUGGACAUGCAGAGUGCUUUACUGGAAAGCUCAGUUACCCUGUCCCCAGUCGACUCACUGGACUCACCCCAUGGGGGAGCUAGCAAUGCUGGCUACAUCACCAACCCCACCUCUCCAGUGGCCAUGCCAUCACCCGGGCUCUUCCACUCAUCCAUGUCUGUUCCAAACACCCCUAUGGUACAUACUAGUAUGAUGGACGGAGGAGGCCCCUUUGCUGUGUCUCUGGCCCAGCUCAAUGACCUGGGGGCUGGAGGAAUGUCCUUGCAAGGACGUGUAUCCAUGGCUUCUGAUGUUAACCAUGGCUACGUGCUGAGCUCAGGUCAGAUGGGGAUUAAUAUGGGCAUGGUCAGUCCAGUCAGUGUCCCAUUUGACUGGCACAGUCGGAUGCCUCCCUCCUCCCAAUGUGGCCAGCAGGUGGUGAAUCUGGUGCACAACAGCCAAGCCAGCAUGCACCCCCAAAGCCCAGCAAUGCAGCAGAACAUGCUGAUGCACCAACCACAGAUGUAUCGUAGUACUAUGUUGCAGCCCACACCUGUUACAUCCACACCAACUAUCAGCCCAGUCAAAUUGCCCUCCAUUGCUGAGCAGCAGCAGCAACAACAGCAACAGCAGCUCAUCAACCAUACCAUCCCCAGCCAGCAGAGCAUAGCCCGCAUGGCCACCUCAAGCCCACCAACACCCCAGACUGCACAGCCCACACCAUCAUUCUUCCAGCAGCAACAACCACAGCAGAUGCCUCAGCAACCAUCUCAACAACAAGUUUCAGCUCAACCCCCACAGGCAGCCACACCAGCGGCCCAGCCUACCCAGGCUUUGCCCUCCCAGGCCAGCGGAAGCACUGCAGGAACAGAGGAUUAUCCUACCCCUCCCUCCCAGCACAGCUACUCAUCCGCACUAGAUGCCACACCCAAGCAUUACCUCCAUUUGCCCAGUGAGCACCCCUAUCUGACACCAUCCCCAGAGUCUCCUGAGCCCUGGUCUAGCCCCUCUCCUCACUGUGUCUCUGAUUGGUCAGAUUCCACCCCUAGCCCAGCAGUUGCUGGGAAUGCCCAGACCCAAAUUACCCAAAUUCCAGAGGCCAACGGCAAGAUGCAGGUGUUUGCGUAAAGAUCCCAUGUCUCCUGUAUGAAAAAGGACCUGGGGUAAAAGAAUUUUUGGACUGGCUCUCGGGCCUGUCUGUGUUUAUGUGUCAGCCUGUUUCCAAGAUUUUCAUUGGAUUUGGAUUGACUGUUUAUCAUGAGGACCGUCUGCUAGUGAUUAUUGCAGAGAAAAAAGUAAAGGGAAAUGUGUGUUGUCUGGAAAAACAACAGGCAAUUUAAUGAAGUAAUUCUGUCACAGAUGGACUUGUUUUUUAUUAUAAAAAAAUAUAUGAAGAAAACCAAGUCUUUCAUUUCAAAGACUUAGGAACGCUUUCCUGAAAACUAACAUUUAAAAGUAGAUAAGAGAAAAAAGUAAAAUGUUGAAGGGAAUUCAUUUAUUUUUAUUUAUUGUUUUUAUCUCUGAACUGCUUUUUAGGUGGAUUACGAUCUUUCUGUCCUGGCUUCUCACAUAAUGUGCCACCCCCUCCCAUUUUUGGAAAAAGAAAAAAAUAAAACAAAAACCCUGUAUUUCUGUUUAGCCAUUGCGGCAAGUGAUGUACAAGAAUCUAACAUUUCAUUCAGGCCAGUUAACUGAAAGAGGAAUUUUCACCUGAUAAUAUUUAUUUAGGCCAACAAAAACUGGUAAAGAUGUUAACCAGGUUCUAGCAAAUAUAUAUUAAGAGUUGCUCAGCAGUAGUGAUAUUUUCUGAUUUGAAUGAAUUGUGGUAAUUAUUUUCCGUAUGAGUAUUAUGAAUAAGAAUGUAGAUGGGUGUCUCUGAAGCACUUCAAGUGACCAGCCCGUAGGGCAUGUGUGGGUCAGAUACAACAUACUACAGUGCAUAAUUAUAACAUAUGGGUGGCAUUUAAUUUCUGGACAUUUUCCCCAUGACCUGUCAAAAUAAACAGAGUAAACAUUUUAGAUGUAGCACGCCCAUUUCAAAGUAGCGUUUUUCUGUUUCUAGAGGACUGUAACCUCCAGCUGUACUGCCAGCCUUGAUAACAUCAGUCAUAAAGCUUGUGUUCAUUCACAGAGCAUUUUUUACAUGUAAAAUCCACCUGUCACUGCCCUUUUUAGUUUGUUAAUGUUUUUUUUUUUUCAUUUUGUUUUAUACUCUGUAUAUUUGUGGAAUCCAUCGAUACAUUUUUAACGUCACUUCAGAUGUACUAAGCUAUGCUUAUCAGCUGCUAUUUUAUAUCACUCUUCCCUGCAAACAUUUUGUAUUUGUUAGCUUGAAUGCUGUUUCAGCACUGUUAAACACAGAAUAGACCCAGAUUACAGGCAUUUAGAAAUUUAAUUAGUUGAGCCCUCACUUUGUCCUUGACUGGACCAAAUUAAACAUUCCUAGACAACCUAUGGCAGUUGAGGUUUUGUUGUGACUUCCACCUCACCUCUGGUAUAGUGUCUGUGGUGAUGUCAUUGUCAGUGUGAGGGUGUGGCUGUAGGGCUACAACUGCUUAUGCCCUGUCACUCCUCAGGGAGGUGUUUUAUGGUAUGCAGUAGGACAGUUCCCUGCAUCUACAGCAGUUUAUAGUCUAGGGGCCAUGGAGUUGCAUCGUAAACUGGCUGUUAGUAGAGAGUGAAGGAAAGAACACUACUAUGUAGUGCUGUAUCCUCUCCUUUUUCAAAGACAUCUAGGAUGACACCUCCAAUGGUCCAGCUAACACCUUAGCUGGCUCCAUUCCCACAAUGAUGUGAAACUAUGAGAUCCUCAACUUACCAUGGGCAUUCAAAAGCCAUUUGAUUAUUGUAGAUGACAUUUUUAAUUUGUGGCAUCAUAAACAAAAUGGGCAGGACACCACUAGUGUGGUGCCCUAGCACUACCCGUAGUUGUGUCAUAGACUGAGUUAGACUUUCACUUUGUUGUUUUAUCCUGUUCUAAAUAGAAACAGUUACUGUUCUGUCAGACCUGGGAACUAUGUUCAUUAUAUUUCAGAUUGUAAUUUGUUUGUGGUCGGUUGGUUGUUUUUUUUUUUUUUGUUUAUGUUGUUUUGGUUUUUCUUGUUCAUAUCUGGUCUUUCAGUUUCACCACCAGGUCGCACUAAGUGUUUUGUACAUUUCAACCACCCCACUUCUGUUUGUAAAUAUGAUUGUUCUGGGUAGUUCUUUGCUUAAGAAGUCUUAUGUUUCUAAAAUGAUUAUGUACUAAAAAGGACAAAAAUAAAAUGUACUUCAUUUAGCAUUAUUUGAAGCUGAGGCUGUGACUGAUAUUUUAUUGGUCUCAUGUUGUUAGAACAGUCAUAGAUAUUUUCUGUCAUUAUUAAUUUCUAUACUUGUUUAAAAGUAGUUCAGAAUCAUUGUACAUAAAGACUUUCCACAGUCAGUUUUCUUUCUACAGGCAAAAGUUGUAAAAUUAUUUACUUAUAAUAAAAAAAAAACUGUAGGGAACUA